AUGUCAUCCGCAAGAAUAGAGGUGGAGAAAUAUGAUGGUCGUGGAGACUACUUGAUGUGGAAAGAGAAGCUUGAAGCUCACUUGGAUAUUCUGGGUUUAAGCGUUGUUUUCAGAGAAGAUGGUGGAUCUAAGAAGGUUUCAGAUCUGGAAGCAUCUAACGAAGAAGACAAAGAUGCAGAAGCAAAGCUCGAAGCUUUUGAAGAGAAGAAGAAAAGAGCAAGGAGCACUAUUGUUCUCAGUCUCGCUGACAGGGUUUUACGGAAAGUUAAGAAGGAGAAGACUGCUGUCUCUAUGUUGAAAGCUCUGGACAACCUCUACAUGUCCAAAGCGCUUCCGAACAGAAUCUACUUGAAGCAGAAGCUAUACAGCUUCAAAAUGUCUGAAAAUCUCUCUGUUGAAGGUAAUAUUGAUGAGUUCCUUCAUAUUAUAGAAGAUUUAGACAACAUGGAUGUUCAGGUUGCUGAUGAAGAUUAA